UUAUUAUACUAAUUUGUAGUUAUCUUUCGAUAGUGAAUUUUGUUAUAUCUACCAUUACUAAUAUCUCUAUAUAGUUGAAUUUUAUACACUUGCGUGUGCUUUCUGUGAUCUCUUCCUCGUAGUUUGGAAUUUAUACAUUUUAUAUAUGAAAUUGAAAUAGAUUAAAAUUUAUUAUAAAUGAAGAUGAUUUUUGCAUAUUGUUUGAAAUGGUCAAAAAAUUGUCUUCGAAUAACUGUUCCUCGUUAUUUCCAUACUGCUAAAUCACCUGUGCUACUCAUGAAUACAAAUAUGGGAAAAAGUAAUUCGAAUGAUUACAUUAUUUGGUUAGAUAUGGAAAUGAGUGGCCUUGAUGUAAAUACAUCUCAAAUCUUGGAAAUAGCAUGCUUAAUCACUAAUAAAGAUUUAAAAGUUGUAAGCAAGGAUCUAAACGUUAUUAUACAUCAGCCAGAUGAAAUAUUAAACAAUAUGAAUGACUGGUGCCUGGCAACUCAUCAAAAAACAGGAUUAAUCAAUGAGUCCCGUUUAAGUAAAACUACAGUAGAAAAUACUGAACAAAUUGUACUAAAGUAUUUAAAAACAUAUAUUGAAGAAGAAGCAACAUGCCCACUAGCAGGAAGUUCAGUUUACAUGGAUCGCAUGUUUUUGUAUAAAUAUAUGCCAUUAGUUAAUAAUUAUUUACAUUAUAGAAUUAUUGAUACUUCUACUAUUAAAGAAUUAAUUAAGAGAUGGAAUACAAAUGUACCUACUUUUAAAAAAAAUCAUGUUCACAGAGCAUUGCCUGAUGUAAAAGAAAUUAUAAGAGAAUUACAAAAUUAUAAAGAUCAUAUAUUCGAUCUAUGUAUUAGAAGUUAAUAUGAUCAUGAAUUUUAUUUUACAAAAGUAACAAUCAGUAAUAU